AUGGCGGAGGAGCUGUCUAAAGAGCAGGUGGCUGAGUUCAAGGCAGCCUUCACCAGGUUCGACACGGACGGGGAUGGCAAAAUCAAUGUGGAGGAGCUGGGUGCCGUCAUGAAAUCCCUGGGCCAGAACCCGUCCGAGGCCGAGCUGAAGGAGCUCAUCGCCCGGGUGGACACUGAUGGUGACGGUGCCAUCAGCUUCGAGGAGUUCCUGAACGAGAUGGUGAAGAGGAUGAAGUCCUGGGGCGGCGAGCAGGACCUAAAGAUGAUCUUCCGAGCCUUCGACCUGAAUGGCGAUGGCCACAUCACCAUAGAUGAGCUCAAGCAGGCCAUGGCCCAGGUGGGGCAGGAGCUCUCCCAGAAGGACCUGGAGGCCAUGAUCCAGGAGGCGGAUGUGGACAAGGAUGGCCGGGUGAACUAUGAGGAAUUCUCACGAAUGCUCAACCAGAAGUGA